AUGAAAACUGGUGCAGUUCUGCUGUUGCUGGUCUUCCUGGGGACAUGCUCAGCUUACAACCUUCAAAAUGUGGCCUUACGUGGAAAAGCAACUCAGUCACAGCGCUUCAGUGGAGGCGGGGAAGUUCUGGCAGCUGCUUCCAAUGCCAUUGAUGGUAACCGUGACGCUACUUUUUCUUCUGGUUCAUGCAGUGUCACUGCAAAAAUGUCCAACCCCUGGUGGAGGGUGGACCUGCUGGAGAACUACAUGGUCACCACUAUCAUCAUCACCAACAGAGGAGACUGCUGUGCAGACAGAAUCAAUGGGGCAGAGGUUCAUGUCACAAAGACGUUGCAUUCUGCUUACUCUGGUUACUCGAAUUGUAUGGUUUCUGUAAUUUCUCGUAUUGCACCAGGGAGGCCUCAUAUAAUAACUCUUAAAAAACCUGUGGAGGGACGUUUUGUGAGUGUGUUUUUACCUGGUUCAGGAAAGAUCCUCCAACUCUGUGAAGUGGAAGUCUAUGGGUAUCGUGCUCCGACUGGAUUCAACCUGGCAGUCCUCGGAAAAGCCACACAGUCAUCAUUGUAUUCAUAUCAAUGCGAUGCAUAUCAUGCUAUAGAUGGGAAUCAUGCCACCACAUGGGGAGAGGGCAGUUGUUCUUGUACAAAAGCGAUACUGAGUCCCUGGUGGCAACUAGACCUCGGCAAAAUCCAUAAAGUGAACACUGUCAAGAUAACCAACACAAAAACAUACCCAACAUACCUUAAUGGAGCUGAGAUCCGCAUUGGAAAUUCUCCUGCAGAAACUGGCACCAACAAUCCUCGGUGUGCUUCGAUCAGUAGCAUCCCUUCUGGUUUUACGCACGAGUUCGACUGUAAGGGGAUGGACGGUCGCUACGUUAUCAUAAUCGCUCCUGGAAAAACUGUGUAUCUGACCCUGUGUGAGGUGGAGGUGUAUGGCUCUAGACUGGAUUAGAU